CUACCCCCUACUGUGUUAUCCCGAAACCCUCGCCGCGGACUUCCACAUCGGGCUACGUGCGGAGCGUUGCCCCGGGCCUUGUGCGCGCAGUUGAGUUGUCUGGGCAUCCCUUAACCGAUUCAGAAGCGGGGUCAUAUAUUCCUUUCUAGAUUUGAAGCUUUUCGCGACUGCAAUGAUUUUUCGGUAAAGUCACGUAGGUAAAAAAGCACAUUUAAAUUAAUAAAAGUAAAAUAAAAAGUCAUUUACUUGACCUGGAGGAAUGCGGCGAGCUCUAGGCUCGUUUUCGCAGACGUGGGGUGCUGCUACAAGCGACACGGGGAGACACGGUGAGGCUCCGAUCGCGCGGGAGACAGCAUGGCAGCCGGCGCGAGAGCCGUCAAAUAAGCGCUGGGUCGCGCCCAAACGCACGCCGUCACCCGGCGGAGAGAGCGAGAGGCGUCGGCGGCCUUCGUUGGCGCUGCUUGGGGGAUGCGCGCCGGCUCAUGGCCCCGACCGGGCCGUGCGGCGCUCUUCCUCCUCUGCGCCGCCACGCUGAGCCGGGCGGCGCCGCGGGACCAAGCCGGCGCCUGGCCAGAAACGUCGCCGGCCAGAACCGCGACCGAGGUCCUGGCCAACACCUCGGGGCACCGGUCCGCCGUCGCGGGCGAACCGCUCCAGUCGUUUCUGAGCGGUAACCCCGCGACGGGUUCCGAUGGGAGCGGGAGAAUCGACGGGAACUCCCUGCGCAGGGCUCACCUCCUGGCGGGGCGAAUGGAGGAACACGGGGAGGUCUCUACCGCCCCGGUGAAACCGUUUCCACGGCCGACCGAGCCGAACGCGCACAGGAUGACGACGGCCGUUACAACCGCCGCCGUCGCCAACGGCACCGCCUCGGCGACCGUCGCCACCACCGUUGAGACCACCGGUGCAGCAGCCGCACCCUCCGCGGCAAACGCCACCCUCUUCUACGGCGGCGGCGGCGGCGCCAGUCCGAGGUCGGGGAUUUUGCCGGGCAACGGCACGGCGGCGGGCUGGGCCCCGGCGGGCGUGUCGCACUUCCUGGACUCGCCGGUGCUCUACAUACUGCUGCCCUUCGUGCUGUUCAACAAGUGCGCCUUCGGCUGCAAGAUGGACGGCGAGGCGCUGCGGGGCCUGCGCUCGCGGCCGGCGCCCAUCGCGCUGGGGCUGGCGGCGCAGUUUGUCGUGAUGCCGCUGCUCGGCUACGGGCUGUCGCGCGCCUUCGCGCUGGACGAGGAGCUCUCGUUGGGGCUCGUGGUGGCCUGCUCCUGCCCCGGCGGCGGCGGCGGCUACCUCUACAGCCUGCUGCUGGGCGGCGACGUGGCGCUGGCGCUCGCCAUGACGCUCGCCUCCACGCUGGUGGCGGUCGCCGCCAUGCCGGCGUCGACGGCGCUCUACGGCCGGGCGCUGGGCGUGCACCACACGCUGCGCGUGCCCUUCUCGCGCAUCCUCGCCACGCUGCUCUUCGUGCUGGUGCCCGUGUCGCUGGGCGCCCUCGUCAGGCGCCGGCGGCCGCUCCUCGCCGAGGCGCUGCUGGACGUGAUCCGCCCGUUCACGCUGGCGGUAGCGCUCGGCGGCCUCUACGUGGGCGCGCACGCCGCCGUCUCGCUGCUGGGCGGCGGCGGCGCCCCGGCGGGCCUCUACGGCGCCGCCGCGCUGGUGCCCGUCUGCGGGCUCCUGGUCGGAGCGACCCUGGCCCGGGCCGCGCGCCUGCCGGGCCCCGCGGCCCGCGCCGUGGCCAUCGAGUGCGGCGCGCAGAACAGCCUGCUGGCGCUCGCCGUGCUGCAGCUGUCGCUGCCGCAGGCGCAGGCGGACCGCACGUCGCGGGCGCCGUUCCUCGUCGCGCUCGGCACCGCCCUCGAGAUGUGGCUGCUGCUGGCGCUCAACGCCGCCUACAGUCGCCUGCGCCCGGCUAAGUCCGACAUCUAGGGGCGUGGCGGCGAGCCGUAUUUAUUUGGGUGGCCGCGUGGCGCAAGGCGCCGGUCGCAGCACAAGGGCCGGAGGCGCCGUCCCCGUUUUGGCGGCUCCCUGAAAGAGCGCCGCGUGAAGCGUUCGACGAAGGCGUCUCGUUCAGCGGUGGGGGGUGGCGCGGGGGUUUGGUGUGAAUUGUAAAUAGUCGUCCUCGUCGCUGACGCUGCCUAUACAGCCACACUUCUUGCCACAAUUCAUAUUAAAUACUACACGCCUUGCAAAGCUCCAGUGCGCGUUGCCCGUCGUCGCUGUGUUCAUUGUGCAAUACAGAAUGUUGUUUACUCA